UGUUUAGCUCCAAUCUCGUUUUCCCAUAAGCAACUCCAUGGUUCGCGACUUGAUUUGUGGCUUUCUCUCCACACUUGCAAACACUGCACUCCAAGCGCAAUACCUCUCUCAAUCUAGUAAGACCGUGUCGCGCAGAAUUUUUGAGGCGCAUCAUUACUCAGCGCAACACAUCUCUCACUUGAGUUAGAGCGUGUCGCGCAGUCAGUCAUGAGCGCCGUCACCAUCACUCAGGUCAAGGUUCUCGACAACCCCGGCCCGUUCCUCUCUCCUCUCCGCCUCGAGAUCUCCUAUGACUGCAUCCGGCCCCUGGAGGACGACUUGGAGUGGUCCAUAGUGUACGUGGGAUCAGCCAACGAUCCUGACUACGACCAGGUGUUGGAGAGCGUUAUGGUCGGCCCAGUCAAUGUCGGCAGCUUCAGGUUCAUCCUCGAAGCGGAUCCACCUGAAGUGUCCAAAAUUGCAGAGGGCGAGAUCCUGGGGGUGACCGUUCUCCUGCUCACAUGCGCCUACAGGGACCAGAAGUUCAUCCAAGUCGGGUACUAUGUCAAUAACGAAUACGUGGAGGAGGAAUUGCAGCAGGAACCCCCUCCGAAGGUCGUGUUCGAUAAGCUAUCGCGAAACAUCUGGGCCGAGAAGCCCAGAGUGACUAAGUUCGCAAUCAACUGGGAGCCCGUGGGAGGGUCAGAGUAUGCUGGAGAGCCCAUGGUGGAAGAUGCAGUGCAAGGGAUCGGGUACGGGGGAGCAGGGGAUGUGGGAAUGGGGUAUGUGGGGGGAGAGGAGCAUCGGGGCUUUGGUAUGGGAUCCGAACCAGCGCCUUGGGCCGCAACUGAAGCAGCACCUGCUGAAGCAGUGGCUACGGACGCAGUUGCUACGGAAGCAGUUGGUACUGAAGCAGUAAUUACGGAUGCGAUUGUUACUGAGGCAGUUGCUGGUUCAGGUGAUGCAGAUGGAGCUGGAGAUUUGGAAGGAGUGACAGAUGCAGAGGCCACAGUAGCUGCUGGGGUGCCAAAUGAGCAUGCAGCUGUAGAGCGGACUGAGCUGGAUGUGGGAAGGGAGCCACUAUCAGAUGCAGGCUUGGGAAGUGGUCCAGGACAUGCUGCUGCUGCUGCUGCUGCUGCUGCUGCUGCUGCUGCAGUUGAAGACGAUAGCGUUUGUGCAUCGGUUAUGCAGGAUAGGGAUGCAGAGGAUCUGUUGCAAGCCAGCUUGAGAGUGCAAGAGGGCUGCUGAUUUUUCAGGUUAUCUGUUUCGCUGCUCACAUUUGCCAGUCUUCUCUUGGCAUACCUUUUCAUUCCACAUCUAUGCACAUCGUAACAAGCUUC